ACCCUAGCCUCCGCCUUUUUCAUUUCGCCCCGAACCUCAAAACCCUAACCCUAGUCGUGGGCGGCGGCAGCAAUGGUGUCUGGAUCUGGGCUCUGCACUCGUCGCGUGGUGGUUGACACCCGCCACCACAUGCUCGGUCGACUGUCGUCGAUCAUCGCCAAGGAGCUCCUCAACGGGCAGCGGGUCGUCGUCGUCCGAUGCGAGGAGAUCGCGUUGUCUGGUGGCCUCGUUCGCCAGAAGAUGAAGUACCUGCGGUUCUUGAGGAAGAGGAUGAACACCAAGCCCUCUCAUGGGCCGAUUCAUUUCAGGGCUCCCGCUAAGAUCCUGUGGAGGACCAUCAGAGGCAUGAUCCCUCACAAAACAAAGCGUGGAGCUGCAGCACUUGCAAGGCUCAAAACCUAUGAAGGAGUCCCACCUCCAUAUGACAAAGUGAAGAGGAUGGUCAUUCCUGAUGCUCUCAAGGUUCUGAGGCUUCAGGCUGGUCACAAGUACUGCCUUUUGGGUAAUCUAUCCAAGGAGGUUGGAUGGAACCACUAUGAUACCAUCAAGGAAUUGGAGGAGAAGAGAAAGCAGAGGGCACAAGUUGCCUAUGAGAGGAGGAAGCAGCUGGCCAAGCUUCGUGUGAAGGCAGAAAAGGUUGCAGAAGAAAAGCUCGGUCCUCAGCUUGAGAUUCUAGAACCGUUGAAGUAUUAGAAGCGUUUUGUCUGAAACUUCAGUUUUGUUGCCUUUUCUUAUCUGAAAAAACUUCGUUUGUGGACUUUAGGAUUACCCUAGCUCAUUAUAUUGCAUAGGCCUUGUUAUUUUGAGCCUGUUAAGCAGAUUCUGUCUAUUGUUCGGAUCAAAAUGAGUUUGUUUGCUGAACUAGUUUAUUUGUGUUCUUAAAAUUCAGUUCUCUCUCAAAGCUCUGUGAUCUCCAGUAGUUUUCUUGAAGGCUAAUUGCUGGUAACUGUAAUUCUUGUGUUGGGAAUAUCACUGAUUUUUGAACGUUGAA